AUGUCCCUCGAGUAUGGGGAUGUUGCUCGACAGGCGUACUUGUUGUUGACGCCCGAUCUGAAUGAGGGAGGGGCUGCUGAGGAGGUGGAGUAUGUGGAAGAGUAUUAUGAUUAUGGAGACGACGAUGAGGAGGAGGAUAGGAGGGGAGCUGGAGCUAGUGGAGAGGGAGGGAGAGGAGGAGGAGCAGCGUCGUUAUCUGUAACGGCAGCCGGACAAACGACUUCUUCUUCCGCAACCUCAACUACACCAGCAGGACCAGGACCAGGAAAGGCCACGACGAGCCACCAGAACCUUGCCUCAUCCAACCACAACGGUCGUCGCUAUGAACAACAGCUCCUCCACAGCAGCCAAGAUCAUGACCGGAUAACGACCGCCUCUACCUUCGACACUGCAGCAACAACCCUAUUCCCUCCAUCCAUUCAACCAUCACCCGCCAAGGGUGACAACCCAACGUCAAAAUCGACAGGAACGAUCAAGGAGAAAGAGCAGCAACAACAUACACAAGAACAGCUCACCGCUGUCACUCCUGCAGGAGCACAACCUCCAGUAGGGGCGUCAUUGGCAGAGAUGAUUGCGCAAGAGGAGAUGGACGAGACCAAGAGGAAGCGGAAACGAGCUCGUUUGUACACCCUCGCCCGCGUCACCUUCUCGCUUGGUCUCACCAUCCUGGCGCUUUACUGGCCUGCAGGACAGUUCAAAGCGCCCAUGGGCAAACAGAAUAUCCCUACUUCUGUGGGUGAACACCAGUCUAUUCAAGGCAAUAAUACCCUCACCUACACCCACCGUUCGUCCUUUUCUCCGUCGCCUUCCCGGGUAACACCCACUUUCACGGCAAUACCGUCAUCGACAUCUACACCGAUGAGCACCAUCGUUUCAGGAUCAGGACCAGUACCAACACCACUGUCCAAAGACGACAAGGAAGCGAACCCCAAAAGGGCAUCAGCAGACUCAACUACAAUGGGAUACUACAUCGGGAGCAGGCACAAACGUGGAGGCCACCAAAAGGAUUCAUCCUGGUGCGCCGAAGAAGAAUCCUUUGGCGACGACGAGAGUGCAGCGGUCUAUUGCCGAACAAAAGUCAUCCGUCCCAUCGUUACCUAUAUCUGGUCUGUCUUUCUGAUCGUCGAGUUGUGUAUUGCGGCCAUGGCUGGGGAUUUCUCGAAACAUGGAAUUCGAAGGCGGAGGCAGUCCUUUGGUGAUGAAGGGAUGGAGGAGUAUUAUCGGUAUCCAAGGGAGAACCGGCAGGAGGAGGAGGUUGUUGUUGUGGAAGGAGGUGAUGUUGAGAAGCUGUCAGGAAGGGAGGCGGAUGAGAGGCGUGUCCAGAGUCCAGCCAUCUCUGACAGUUCUGGUGCUGGGACAGGUGCAGGAGCACACCAGCAACAACAUCAUCGCCGGACUGGGAGUCGAGUCGGUCAUUAA